GGAGCCGAGCCGCCUUCCGCGUCACACCACCGGAGCAGCUCACGGGCAGCACACACCGACAUGGGGGAACGGUUCGUGGUGGUGCUGGUUGACGGAGCAGGGGCGGGGGUCCCCGGGGACCCGGCUGGGGCUGACCCGGGGGCUGUGGCGGAGCCGAGGACCCGGGGGGAGGAGGAAGCCGAGGUGCUGGAGGACUCUGUGUUCGAGCCGCAGGAGCCCGGCUCCGUCCCGAUCCUGGAGUACAACAGGGAGCCCAACAAGUACGGUGACGGCGUCCCAAAGGAAAACAGUCCCUUCAUCAACAGCACAGAGCAUGACAAGGCCAACAGCUACGAUGGCACCAACAUGGCACUUUUUGAGGAGGAGAUGGACAGCAACCCCAUGGUGUCAUCACUUCUUAAUAAGUUGGCAAACUACACCAACCUGAGCCAGGGAGCCCAGGAGCACGAGGAGGCCGACGAAGAUGAAGGCCCCAAAAAGAAAGCUGUUAAGAGCCCUCAGAUGGGGACCUUCAUGGGAGUGUACCUGCCGUGCCUCCAGAACAUUCUGGGGGUCAUCCUGUUUCUUCGCCUUACCUGGAUCGUCGGCACCGCCGGCAUCUUGGAGUCCCUGGCUAUCGUCGGCUUGUGCUGCUCAUGCACCUUGCUGACAGCCAUAUCCAUGAGUGCAAUUGCCACUAACGGGGUUGUACCAGCUGGAGGUUCGUACUACAUGAUCUCCAGGUCUUUAGGGCCAGAGUUUGGAGGAGCUGUGGGUCUCUGCUUCUUCCUGGGAACAACCUUUGCUGGUUCUAUGUAUAUCCUUGGAACCAUUGAGAUACUACUGACCUACAUUGUGCCUAAAGCUGCCAUCUUUGUGGCGGAGAGGAAGGAGGACGAGCCCGGGGCUCUGCUGAACAACAUGCGUGUUUACGGCACAUGCUGCCUCGCCCUGAUGUGCAUAGUCGUCUUUGUCGGAGUCAAAUAUGUCAACAAGCUGGCGCUGGUGUUUCUGGCCUGUGUGAUUCUCUCCAUCAUCGCCAUCUACGCUGGAGUCAUCAAGACCAUCUUUGAACCACCAGAUUUUCCUAUUUGCAUGCUGGGAAAUCGCAUUCUGCAGAACCACAACUUCAACAACUGUGCGAAGGCGGAGCUGUGGCCGGUGUUUUGUGACGGACCUUCGCUCAAUGCCACCUGCGAUGAAUAUUUUUCUAACAACAAUGUGACGGAGAUUCAAGGCAUCCCUGGACUGACGAGUGGAGUCAUCUCAGAGAACAUGUGGUCUGAAUACGGCCCUCUGGGGAUGUUGGUGCAGAGCAAGAGGCUACCGUCCUGGGGUGAAAGUGACCCCACUGAGAACAUUAACUUUCCCUACGUGUUCAAUGACAUCGCCAGCUUCUUCACGCUGCUAGUCGGCAUCUACUUCCCUUCCGUUACAGGUAUCAUGGCUGGUUCAAACCGGUCAGGUGACCUGAGGGAUGCUCAGAAGUCGAUCCCCACCGGGACCAUCAUGGCUAUCGUUACCACAUCCUUCAUCUACGUCACCAGCGUGAUUCUGUUUGGCGCCUGCAUUGAGGGACCCCUCCUUCGAGACAAAUUUGGUGACUCGGUGAAAGGGAACCUGGUUAUUGGCACGCUGUCCUGGCCCUCGCCGUGGGUGAUCGUGAUAGGCUCGUUCUUCUCGUGCUGCGGCGCGGGGCUGCAGAGUCUGACCGGCGCCCCCCGCCUGCUGCAGGCUAUUGCACGAGACGGCAUCGUGCCCUUCCUGCAGGUUUUUGGUCAUGGCAAAGCGAACGGAGAACCUACCUGGGCUCUGCUGCUGACCGGUGCCAUCUGUGAGAUCGGCAUCCUCAUCGCCUCCCUGGACGCCGUAGCUCCCAUCCUCUCCAUGUUUUUCCUCAUGUGUUACCUGUUUGUCAACUUGGCCUGUGCUGUUCAGACUCUGCUGCGAACGCCCAACUGGAGGCCGCGCUUCAAGUACUAUCACUGGGCUUUGUCCUUCCUGGGGAUGAGCUUGUGUCUGGCUCUGAUGUUCAUCUGCUCCUGGUAUUAUGCUAUCGUUGCCAUGGCAAUCGCCAGCUGUAUCUACAAAUACAUUGAAUAUCGAGGGGCAGAGAAGGAGUGGGGUGACGGCAUCCGCGGCCUCUCCCUCAACGCCGCCCGCUACGCCCUCAUCCGCCUGGAGGACGCCCCGCCCCACACCAAGAACUGGAGACCUCAGCUGUUGGUGCUGCUGAACCUGGACUCGGAUCAGGGGGUGAAACAUCCUCGUCUGCUGUCCCUCACCACCCAGCUGAAGGCCGGGAAAGGCCUGACCAUCGUGGGCAACGUCAUCGAAGGAACUUACCUCACCAAGGACGCAGAGGCCAAGAAGGCUGAGCAGAACAUCAAGGCUGCCAUGUCAGCUGAACGUACAAAGGGCUUCUGUCACGUGGUGGUGUCUUCAAACGUCAGGGACGGUUUCUCCCACCUCAUCCAGUCUGCGGGUUUGGGAGGAAUGAAACACAACACGGUGCUGAUGGCCUGGCCGGGAACCUGGAAACAAGCCAACGACCCGCAGUACUGGAAAAACUUCAUAGAGACGAUACGUGAGACCACAGCGGCCCACCACGCGUUACUGGUUGCUAAGAACGUGGACAGCUUUCCCACCAACCGGGACCGGCUUGGGGAGGGAACUAUCGAUGUGUGGUGGGUGGUUCAUGACGGAGGCAUGCUGAUGCUGCUGCCCUUCCUCCUGCGACAGCACAAGGUGUGGAGGAAGUGCAAGAUGCGCAUCUUCACUGUUGCCCAGCUUGAUGACAACAGCAUCCAGAUGAAGAAAGAUCUGCAGAUGUUCCUGUACCACCUGCGGCUGGAUGCCGAGGUGGAAGUUGUGGAGAUGCAUGAUAAUGACAUCUCAGCCUUCACCUAUGAGAAGACGCUGGUGAUGGAGCAGAGGUGUCAGAUGAUCAAACAAAUGCAGCUGUCCAGGACUGAGAGGGAGAGAGAGAUUCAGAGUAUCACUGACGAGUCCCGUAGCUCAAUCCGGAGGAAGAACCCCGACGCCCCCGAGAGCCUCAGCCGGCAGUCGUCGCAGACGGAAACCCAGGAGGACGAGGCCCAGCUCAUCCACGACAGGAACACGGCGUCUCACGCCACGGUGAACGACAAGGCGGAGACCGGGCCAGACCGCGUGCACAUGACCUGGACCAAAGACAAGCUCUUCAUGGAGCGGAACCGCAACCGCGAGUGCAACGCCAACGUGGCCGUGCGCGACCUGUUCAACAUGAAACCAGAGUGGGAGAGCCUGAACCAGUCAAACGUCCGUCGGAUGCACACGGCUGUGAAGCUGAACGAGGUGGUGGUCAACAAGUCCCAGGGAGCUCAUCUAGUGCUGCUCAACAUGCCGGGCCCGCCCAGGAACAGAGGGGGGGAUGAAAGCUACAUGGAGUUCCUGGAGGUUCUGCUGGAGGGCCUGAACCGCGUCCUGCUGGUGCGAGGCGGGGGCCGCGAAGUCAUCACCAUCUACUCUUAAAGAAGAACAGCAGAACCUCUCAUGCCCCACACUGCACACACAGGCAUGUUGCCAUGGAUACUGGUCACCGGGCAUUUUUUCGAGGACAGGAGCCUCAUUUUGGUUUUCACGAAGUGUAGGGGGAUCGUUGUGAAGGCGGGACCUCUUUGUGACUGACUGGCAAAACAUCCGGAUGAAGGAAAACGGCUGGCGGUUGGAGUGAGUGACGGGAGGAGCCGGCACAGCGUGUCCACGCCGAGCCAUCGAACCCCCGCACUGGGACGAUAGAGCAUAGAGACACUUUAUAUCUUACAUUUAACCUGAACCCCCCGUUCUCUUCUGUUCUGUUCCACUUUCAUAUUCUCUCCCUCGUGAGUUUACGUUACGUUACUGGUUCUGGCUGUGGAAGGAGCAGCAGAGGAGCUGGAUGUCUCAUCCGCUCUGGGCUUGAGAAGGAAAAAGCUCUGCAGCAGGAAGGUCAUAACUGGAAUUUCUAAUUGGUAAAAGUGAAAGAGCAACAUUUUAACACCAAUAUGUUAAUUAGUCAGAGUUCCUCACAGCCGUCUAGUUCCGGAGCUGCUCUUCACCUUCACAUCGCAGAGACGCUCCACUCCGGUCUGCAGCUGGCGGCGUUUACUCACUACGUGGAGUUCUACGGUUGUUUACAGGGUUGUGAAUUAGUAAAGGACCAGCCAGGAGGAUGCAGAAUGUGCACCUUUUACAUUUCCAGUAGUGCUAUUUGAUGUAACACCACUGAAAAAAACAGGAGAAAUAGCCAUAAGUCGUGGUGCGCUUUCAAUAAUUUAUGUUAAUGGUGUCUGAAGAACUGUUCGGUUGGGAGCAAAUAGGGUUUUUUCUUCUCUCUCUUUUUUUUUUUUUUUUUAAAUUCAAAGGCUGUUUGACAGCAUGCAUUAAUUUAAAUGAAUUAAAAAAGUGAAAGGUUUGCACAUUAAAAUCAGACUUGCCUGGAAAAGCACAGUCUUACCAUGAGAACCUGUCUAAAUCUCCCCACCAACCAAUCAGCACUUAGCGCUGGAAGAUUCGACUGAAAAUUCCCACAUAUGGCCCUUAUUAUUGUUUCAGUGUUGAUUUUAUUCUAUUUUACUCACCAUAAGAUGAGACGGGUCGUCAUGUAGGAGGGAAAAGUGCCAAAAUGACCACAAAAGAAACUGUGGAAGUAUAAUUCACGCAGCUCAGAGCACGACCGCGCCGUAGCAAAAAGGAUUUUUACUCAACAAUGUCUGGAAACUUUUAAUAGCUCAAAUAUAACCUUUUUUUUUAAUAAGCUCCCAAUUUCUACCUUCAUUAUUUAAAAAAAAGUCUCCAAGUGAAGAAAAGCAAUUAAUUUCUGCGGCAUUUUUUUCUCAUUUCCGCUACGAAGACGGUCGGCGUUGUCGGAGGGAGAACGACGGUAGCAACUGCCCCUUCUCACGUGUACGUCCACAGUUUCUUUUCACCAUUAGCCGUGCAGUAUUUUGUAAAGAGGGAAGUCCUAUUUCCCUGUAUUAUUAUUUUACGUGGGGAACAUAAGGACUUCUGAUUGUCAUUUAUGCAACUGGUGUAUGUUACUGUUGUGUUGACUUGUUUCUGUCUGCCUGUGUAACAUAGUUACGGUCCCCGUCGUGUGUGUCGCAUUAGCAUUGAUCUUCUGUUCGAUUAGUGUUUCUGAAGAUGAAGGUUUCUACAAACAUUGCAGCGUUUGUCGACUUUUUAGACUGAAAAUGGCGAAAACACACGCAUGAAAUGAAAGAAUUGUUACUAAAUGAAGUUCAAUGUUACUGUUUAGUUUACUUUUUUUAGCUACCAAAGAUUAAAAAAACAUCAGAUUACAGAAAUCCUAAAUUUCUUAGUUUUAAGUUUGAAGAUUGUAAAGUUAAAUUAUUGAAGAGGGUUUUUUGUUGCUGUUUUUAAAUGUGGUUACUGAAUUUUGAGUAGCAGCACCUGUGCAGAAACAUGCAACCUUAACGGAAGAUGCUAAAUAAAAGUUCCUGGAGAUAAA